AUGGUGGACAAGAUGAUAUCAAGAGAUCCCAUCGACGAACCACCAGCAUACCUCAGAGUCACCAAGAUGCCUCCACCACCGCAAUAUGAUGGGAAGGACGAUCUUGAUGCAUUCGAGGUCUGGCUACAGAAGUUACUGGAAUACUUCAAGACUCUCCACAUCACUGGUGACGCCAUGGAUGCAGAUUGCCUGCGAAUAUUGGGGCAAAGUCUUAAAAACGAUGCUGCCAACUGGUUCUUCCUGAAUGUGCAGUCACCGAACUGCGAAGUACGACAAUGGUACUUCGAGAAUGCAAUGACCCACCUCCACAGAUGA